AUGGAGCCAGUCCCUCCCGGGCUGUACAGCGGCACGACCCGCAAGCAGAAUGUAGCUUGUGAUGCUUGCCGCAACAAGAAGAUCAGAUGCAAGCGGCAGACCACUUCCCAGCGCUGUGAACAAUGCGUCAGCAAGGACCUGGAGUGCACGUCAAACUACAUCGAGCAGCUGCAGAACAAACCGCGGCGUCCGCGCAGGUUCAAGAGUAACGAGGAGCACCCCAAGGAGCGAAGACCGUCCGACCAUGAGCUGCGGUCGCCCGGCCCAGCCAUUCGUCGCGCGUCAGCACCCAAGGCCCCGCAGUCUUCCCAGGGGUCUUCUUCCACUGGUAGAAUUGGAAUGGAAGACGCCCUCGCCAUGAUUGCCUGGGUUACUCCACCGCGAAAUUCCGCGACAGCCAAAGAUCCCUCAGCGGGCCAAGUGGAUCUUCUGCGGUAUAUGUUCUGUCCUGCUCCCGUCACACAUCACGAGUGGCGGUACUCUGACGUGUCGUCGCUCGAGCAAGCGCGCGCUGGCACCUGCGAUCUAUGGGACGAGGAAGGCGGCGCACUCUGGGACGACGCCCCUAGCGCCGCACAUCUCUCGCUGUGGGGAGGCGGUGAAGCCGAGUUGGCUUCAAUGGCGAUAGAGCUUAUCGAUACGUUCUUCGCCGUUGUGUACUCUCGGUUGCCGAUACUGGACGCUCAGUCAUUCAUGAACCGAUUUACGUCACCCAACACGGAUCCGAACGGACCCCUCAACCCUGCACUAUUGGCAAGCGUCCUCGCCUUCGGCGCAAAGUUCGCAGACCACCCUACCUUCACUGCGGACCGUGACGAGUGCGCCGCUCGAGAUGCCGAUGACGCGGACGGAAGUCGCAGCCGCAGGGGGUACUCACGUAGUCGGUGCCGCAUGGCACAGCUCCUAGCUGUGCGUGCCCGGGAAGUGGCAGAGGUUCACAAGGCGUAUCGCAUUCCGACGCUCGCGAACGUGCAGGCGCUCAUCCUUUUAGAGAACUUGUUUGGACCAGAAUACCGAGCGACCUAUCUCUCAGCUGCCGCCCGCCUCAUGGAUGAGCUCGAGGACCUUCCAAUCCUGCAUGUGGACUCCCAGCAGGACGAAAAGAUCCGCACCCAGCUUACUAUCCAUCUUCUCGCCGGCUUUGAAACUGCCUUCUAUCGUCUUCGUCCAGAAACUUUCCAAGGUGUCGGCGAUGUGGCUCCGCUGCUUUCCGUGGUCGCUGGAGGCGAGGAGGACGUAGGUGCUCUUCUUUUUCCAUUGCUAACCUGCCAGAUCUGGCUCGCUGCCGCCCGCAUGGCCAUCGCCGUGUACCGGCGGUUGAGCAGCGCUCUCGCGCAGCCGCAAGUGCACGCCAACGGCGUUCCAUUGUCAGUCCUGCGGGACAUGGUGCACGAUCACUCGUCGUGGCGAGACCUCUACCUGUCCAAACUUGGCCUGCCAGUGCCGUGGCCAGAGGACUGGGACUUUAACAUGACGGUACGGGCAGCGUCGACGGACAUCCUGUACCAUGCACUGUGGCUUGUGGCCGAACGCGCGGUCCGCGACUUCGGCAUCCAGGAGCGCGAGGAUAACUCUGUCACGGGCAUGGUCGGCUUCGAGGUGACGCAGAUGCGCGAGCGUCUGAAGCAGGAGGCGCUGCACAGCGCCAUGCGCAUUUCCAUGGUGGCGGUGCUGAGCACGGAGCAGGGACAUCUCCGGCUCGAUCCGUAA